UGUAUACGUACGCCUCGUGAUUCGAUAUCGUUCGUUGUUAUUCUUCUUCUUCUUCUUUGUAUCUUCUUCUUCCUCUUCUUCUUAACUAAAUUUUUUUUCCUCCUUUUCGUAAUCAUAAUCGAUAUCACACUCUAUAAACCAAUAUAAAGAUAAUUAUUAUAGAUACACACACACACACACACACAUAUAUAUAUAUAUAUAUACAUAUAUAUGAAGAUAUAUUUAUGUAUGCUAGUGAUUCGAAUGUGAUUAAUAUGGGACAAGACUAUUUUCGUGUGUAUAUGUGAAUAAAAUAGAGGACAUCGUUUGAUAAUAAUGAACCUAUGAUAAUCGUGCCAGUUCGAUGACCGGUGAAUGUGCUUCGAAAAAUAACAAUCGACGAUAUAAAAAUGUAAAAGAUCCGCUCGAGAAAGUGAUUGCGUCUUCGAAACGAUCGAAAUCUGAAGAUUGGAACUUGAUUAGUGUUCUUUCUAACAGUGUUAAAAAGUGAGCCUCAAGUGAGUCGAACUUGAUAUUGCAAAAAAACGAUCGUAGAAAAGAUUGGAGAAUCUGAUCGAAGCUUAUCGAAUCAUGGAAUCGAGAGAAGCUUAAUCGUCGAAUUGUUAAAUAAGUGAGAGGAGAUAGCGAGUUUGGUCUAUCUUAUCGCGAGAUUCGUUUCUUACAUAAAAAUCAUAAUUAAUAAUUGCGCGGGUAAGGAAAAGGAGAAGGAAAAGGAAAGCGGAAAUGGCCGGCGGGCGUGCAACUCCGUGCGGCAAUUAUGUUAAGUGGGCAAUUAGCAAUUAAGCAAGAAGCCGAGCCGAGCGGCCCCUUAAUUGCAUUCGAGACGAAGGUGGUGGUCAAGCCGCCGGAGGUGGAGCGAUCGAGCUGACGUACGGGAGGAAGUGCAAGGUAUAACGAGGAGUUAUUUGAUAACUUUCCUCGUUGAUGCGGUGUCAAUGUAAAUGAUCUAUCGACCGUCAACUUUAUUUAUCUUUUAUAGAAAGAUUCGAUGGAUUCAUUUUGAAAAUUAAUAUAUUUUUUGGAAUCGAGUCGUUUUCAUGCCAUCAUUGUGUUACUCUAUUAGAAUUAACAAAGUUUUUUGACCCUGUCUUCAGCUAUCGAAGAUCAUCGUUUGAUCGGCGUCGACUAAUUUUGGAAUGUUCGUCGAGAUCGUCACGAUCCCGAAGAGUUUCGAGAAAUUGGGAUUACGCGAUCAAGACAUUGGAUACAGUGAAUGGUGAAAAAGAAAAAGGUUUCUUCGAAAUAAACUCGUAAAAUUUCGAUAUAGCUAUUUUGCUGAUAGCUAAAAAGGUGGUCGUGACUUCCUGGUGAAGAAAACGUUUCGAUUAUCGGCAAGAUUCUUUCUCCCAGGUACCGGACGAGUCCUGGCGUGGCGACAGAGGUACCAACGGGUGCCCGUAGCCCGAAGGAACCACCGACGUCCACCGUAAUGACGGUCCACCAUCAUCAGAACCACCACGUGGCGGCUCUCAGUGGUGUCGCCGUCGCCGGGAACGGUCUCAAUCUCAGCAGAAUGUCCGGCCUGGAACCCCAUAGCCUGGACAAUAUCGUCGAUAGAAAUGGAGUAGGCAUGGAACUUCUUUCAAAUGGUCUUGAUGCCAGAAAUAAGAGUCAUAAUAACAAUAACAAUAACAACAAUAAUCAUAGUAACAGUUUACCACGAGGUAAUGCCUCUACGACGAUGCCUCAAAGAUCGAGGUUCAUGAUCACCGAUAUCCUUGCGAGUGCUUCGAGUAAGGUACACCCAUCGGGUCUGCCGGCACAAGAACCACCUGGAAGUCCACCUUCAACGCCUAGGGAUCUCAGCGUUCGGCAUCAAUCCAAGUCAUCCUUGAGCAAUAGCAAUCUCGAUGAGGAUAGCGACGCCAGUCACCACGAUGGUGCUUCCGUCACUUCCAAUGGUGGUAAAGAAGAUGAUCCUAAAGGUUCCUCGUCCAGUGCCUUGAGUUCGGCUCAAAGCAAGAAACAACGAAAAGCUCGUACAGCUUUUACCGAUCAUCAAUUGCAAACAUUGGAGAAGAGUUUCGAACGACAAAAGUAUCUCAGCGUUCAAGACAGAAUGGAACUCGCGGCGAAGUUACAACUUACUGAUACUCAAGUGAAAACGUGGUAUCAGAAUAGAAGAACAAAAUGGAAGAGACAGACAAUGGUUGGCUUCGAAAUAAUGGCUGAGAGCAACUACGCUGUUGCAGCUUUUCAACAAUUUUACGGAAGCGGAGCUGGAGCAGCCGUUCCGACGCAUCCUGCUGCAGGACGAUACUUUCCUUAUGCGACGAGUCAUCCUUUACCUUCGAAUCAAUUAUUUUAUCAACAAGCAUCGGCUGCUGUUACCUUACAGAAGCCAUUACCUUACAGACUUUACCCACCUACGAUGAUUCUCGCUGGACCUAGUGCUGGACCAUUUGGCUCACUUGCUGCCAGUUCGAGCUUAUCCAGCUUGAGCAAUUAUUACAGAGAUAGUCCUGACAUGGUAGAUGAGAGGGAGAGGGAAAGCAGGAAAGAAAGAAAAGAUAGAGAAACGAUGCAAAGGGAUAGGAGCAGAAGUCGAGAAGGAUCACCGAUUAGAAGAGAAGACACUCCGGAAAGUAUAAAAGCCGAUAGCGACGAAGAAAGUAUACACGAUAUUUAGGACAUAGACAAAACAAUCGAUCGAUCGGCGAAACAAUUCGAAUGAACGACGAAAGGAUAUGCUUUGAUCCUCCGAAUAAUGAAGACGACGAACAAAAAUACUAAAAAAUGCGAUGAACCAUUCAUAAAGCUGCGAGAAUGAAAAUGAUUUUAAAAGUUUAAAACUCGUUCUUCGGAAUAAUACGAAAGAAGAAUUUUACGAAUACCGAAUAUUUAAUUAAAAAAAAACACAGAAAAGAAAAUAAAAGAAAAAAAAAGAAGAAAUUAAAUAAAUAAAUACGAUCGUUUAUGGCGAUAUAUCUUUUCAGACAAGAAGUGUUGUGUAUCUUCGGAUAGGAUCGACUGAGAUCCGAUUUAUAAUAAUAACAAGUGAAACAGGAAGUGACAUGGCAUGAAACAUCCGAGAUUUAUUUGGACAAGGAGUUUAUGCAGGAAGUGUUGUGCGGUUUUAAACGAAAAUCGGGGAUUCGGAACGUUGUUAAAAUAAAUAAACGGUAAGAAACGAGAAUUUCGUAAAGAGAACUAUCAAUUUUCGUUUGAACGUGUUUGAGAAAAAUCUCAUCGAUUUAUCGAUAGGUAAUAGAAAUCGAAAUAUUUUCGUUUUGUUUCAUCGUAUAGUCAGUCACGUCGUGAAAAUAAGAGAAAGGGAAAGGGAAGAAGAAACUGUAGGCGAAAUUUCUCGUCGAACUAUUUAUUUCGAAGCGAGCCGAUCGUGCACGAAAGCGAAUCUACAAUUUAUAUGACAUUAGAGAAUACCUAGCCGCGGGGGAAAAGAUCUAAAAUGACACGAAAUUACACACGGUCGCCGAAUAAAAAGAAAAAAAAGGAAAAAAAAGAAAAAGAAAGGGAAAAAAAGAAA